CCAGGACUGGGAAGCACUGCCCUGGGGCACGGAGAUCACCGGAGCGAGGUCUACCACCAGCACCUUGGGAGAUGAGAUCAACUGCUCGGUGGAUGAUUGGCAGAGGCCUGCAGAUAUUCUGAUGGCCACAGCGCCUUAUACGCGCGCAAUUCUGAAGAUUGGGCGGACUUUGAUCCUUGGCAAAUACUAUGCCUUUCAGAUCAACAUCAAAAGCCCGGAAUUUUGGAAUAUGAGUCAGCACGAUGGUUGGCGUUUGUGGCUUCAAAGCCCAGAUGGAUACAUGGUGGAUGGAUCCAAGUACUCGGUGCAGUUCAACUCAGCGCGUGUGGAUACCCUGCCGGUGGAGCCCCAUGACCGCGGCUGGGCGGUGUAUCCUUCGGGCCUGCUGCUGCCAGUGAAUUUCAGCUUGGGCGCUGAAAGAAUUCUGCCCACCUCGGCCUUUGACAUGAGUGCCUUCUUAAGCGUCUAUCCCCUAACGCCCAGCACAGACGGUCAGCUCACCAGUUUGCGGCUCAUUGCGCCAGUGGGGUUUGUCUGGAUUCCCUUCGCGGAACAGGGCUGGCAGGGAUAUUUGCCCAAUUUCACCUGCAAGUACUGCGAACUCCAGGUGACCCCUGAGGUUCAAUUCCAGAACGAGCUGCUCCUCCGGAAUUUGGUGAUGCGCAGCACCAUGUUCUACGGCUUCCGCGUGCGUAUGUGGGUGCCUCUGCGGCCACCCAGUCGCUCCACGAACGCCUUCUAUCUGGAGAUCGGCUACGAUCCGGGCAAGGAUGCGGACUACUAUUUGGAUCGCAUGCAGGGCGCAAUGCUGCCAGCACCCCCCAUUCGAGUGGUGCAUGAUGUCUUCAUAUAUUCGCGCUGCAACUUGGCAGGCUUCAAUGACAACAUCAUGGACUUCAGGCUUCGCAUUGCCUCCCCAUUGACGGUCAACGAUGGCUUCCUCAUCGAGGGCAAUGAGCUGACGCGGGGCACCAUGCUGGGCUGCUGGCCAUCCAGCAUCCCUGAGCUCUUGAGCAUCACCUCAGUGGAAGGAAACUGUCUGGUGUUUGAAAAUGCAGUGACCUUACUGCCCGUGGUGAAGAUUUGGAUCACCCAAAGUCUCCAGAUGCCUCCAGGGCUUUAUGGUUUCCGCUUCAGGGGCGUGACAAUGCCAAGUCUCCCAACCUCAGCAAUGCUUUACUGGAAAAUGGGCACCUACAGUCAGCUGCACCUCUACCCAAAGCAUGAGAUUUUGGAUGUGGCAGUGGACAUCCCCAGCCCCCAAGUCUUGGGCUUUUUGCCAGAGGCGGGUAUCUUACGCCCCAACUUCUACGCAGCCCCCGGCUUUGGGCGCGACGAUGCGCCUCUGAAGCUCAAUAUCUUGGCCUUCUAUUUUCGCAUCAGCAAGACGCCUCUCUUUGCGGAGGACAUGGAGUCCUUCGUUGUGGCCUUGCGAGGUCCUUUGGGCUUCUUUUUCGAAGAGGACUGCUCGCAGUACCUUCGAGCCUUCAUGGAGCCUACGGAUGGCCAAUCCAGGCUUCCCUGUGCUGCAAAUAGCCGCGUCUCCUGGUGUCCAUCAGCAGUCCUCAUGAGCUGGCCCAGUCGGUUGGCCCCGGUGGCAUGUCUCGGUAUUAAUGAAACUGCCCGCAUCUCGGUUCCCAACAGCGCUUUCGUAGAGGCUCAGCAGGGCGGCCAUGUGGCAGUGUUUCAGCCCAAUGGCGUUUAUGGUUUCGAGGUUCAGGUGCAGAACCCGGAAAUUCAGCCCUUGGACAAUCUCUGGGCCUUGGAUUUUGGCAACGAAGCGUCCAAGCCGUUCGCGUCCAUCCGGAUCCAGAGCUUUGUGCCGGAGGAGACCAAGUUGGAAAUGGCGUGUAGCGUGAGCUCCCAAUUCUGGUGGCCCAAUUUGGAGAAGUAUUUGCCCUUCCGAAUUGACUUUGUGCCCCACACAACCAUCCCUGCGCCGCGGAUGUUGGAACGACGCCUGCAGAGUGGCAGCGAUCCCUUGCUGCCACAGGCGGAGGACGGCAGCGUGGUGGUCUUCAGCCCCCCUAACUUUGACUUUCCAGUGGCCGAUUUUGACAUGUGCGUCAACAGCGUCCUGGAGGUCCAGGGUCGUCAGCCCUGGGACUUCGUGGCGCUCUUCGCCUCGGGCGCGGACGUGGUCUGCCGCGUGGGCGACGUGUUGGGCCUACCGUCCACGGAGGGCGGGGGACCGGAGCGGCGGUCCAUGGUCUUUCUGCUGAUCCAUCGGAAGGCGAUGUUCCAGGGGGUGGCCUACACCCUGGAGGGCUUGGUGCGAAAUCCCAGCACGGCCACGUGGCCGCGGGCUAUGACCUGGCGGAUGGAGUCCUACACCAGGUUCAUUGCCACGGGCGAGCGCGUGCGCUUGGAUGAGUACUUCCUGGAGGGUCCUGCCAUCAGAUCGCCGGCCAAAGAUUUCCAGGUCUCCAACAGUGCAGCUGAGUACUAUGGUGGUGUCAUCGUGCACGUUGUGGACAUCAGCGUGGUGCUUCCGGCACCGUUGAUGACGGGGCAGAGCAUCGAGAUCAAGGCCCCACGAGGCUUCGAAAUGGGUGCAAACUCCAGCAAUCAGAGCUGCCUAAACUUCAGGUGGCCCGGCACCUUCCGACCACUGAGACUGGAUGCCUUGGGCACCUGCAGCUGCAGCGUGAUCCAUGGAGAGGUCAGCUGUAGGGUGCUGAUGAAUGUGUCCUACGUGCCCAGCGAGCCGGGUGAAGCCGUGCUGACGGAGGGCGAUACCUUGAGUUUUCGAAUUUCUGUGUUGAACCCUACCACUCCACGGGAAGCACUCAGAAACCUUUGGGAGAUGACGCAUUGGGACGUCGUGCAGAAUGCGAGGCCCCUGUCGUCGGCCUUUGCGGAAAGUUGGCCCAUCUAUUCCGAGCUGGCCAACUUCAGCAUCUGGAUUUCCGGGACCAGGAAGCGCGCGGGAGCCUUGAGCGAUCUGUCCUUGAGCUUCAUCCCGGUGGCCUGGGGCAGCGUCUUGGAGAUCAACAUCCAUGACCCACCCGGCUACGACUUCUCAGAUACCAGGCCUGGCAGUCCGCUGGCCAAAGAGAUCACCUCCAAGGGCUCGAGGAUGGUGGUGGUGAAUGGCGACUUUCGCCCUGGAAUUCUGCAGAUGGUUUUCCUGGGAGAAGUUAUUUUGGGAAGCCCAGGGGGGCGCACUCGCAUCAGCAUCCAGAUGUUUACGGACUUCCGCAUGCAGAACGAAGUGGCGCGCAAGAUCAACUUUCUCAAUGGCUUCGUCCAGCCUGGCAGUGUGACGAUCUUCUCCCAACAGCUUCUGAACCAAGCAGUGGUGAGUCAUUACGAAGGCGGAACUUUUGACUCGGUGCUGCCACUGCUGCCAUGUUUUGCACAACAGCUGGCACGCGUGGAGUUCUUCUUUCGUCUUUCUUGCUUUAUCUCUACUGGUAGCUCCUUCAUCCUGAAGAAUUUGGGUACGGACGGCAACAACCAUGAGUUUUAUUUGGAAAGUGGUUUUGAGCCAGUCAUCGAACUGUGUCACGGGCAAGAUCAAGGACGCAACGGAAGUUCCACCCAGUGGCUCUGUAACGAGGUGGUCCGCGUGAACUACACCCAGAAACAAUACACUCGGAACAACUUUGAACUUGUCAAUGGCUUUCGAGCGGUCUUGGAGCGCAUGGGGCAGGAGUACAUCACGGACGCAGCUGCGGUGAAUGAGCUGGCCUACCUGACGGACGGCCUUAGUUCCAUGGCUCUAGAGGCCAACCGCGACUACCGCGUGCGCUUCUGGGUGCUGCCCACGAUGAUGGCCACGGAGUGGUACGUGGCCACGGAGCACGAAACGGGGUAUUUGACCAACACCAACGAUGGAGAGACCAGUGCGCCUACUGCGGUGCCACAGAUGUCGCUGACAGUCACACCUGAGGUUUCCAGGAGUCCUCCCGUUUCAGCCACGACGGUGAGCAUCAGCGUCAGGGCGGCUCAAGGACAAUGGCCUUUUUCGAGGUUGCUCCUGCUGCCUCCUUAUGGAUUCCUUCCCUAUGGUGCCCAGAUUCCGGAAGGCACCGGUCGCCCUAUGCUGGAGUUGGACAUGAUCGUGGCUAACCCCCUGAUAGAUGAGAUGACAUACCAGCUGCGAAUGCAUACCCCACGGCGCACCAAUCUGGACCCACGCUGGUUCGUGCUGGCUCGAAAUCUGCAAGUGGAUGAAAUUACCGGGGAAAUCAGUGACCGCAUCGUGGGCUGGAGCUUCGUGGAUGGCUUUGGCGUGGCGCCAUGCGCGGUGACUGCCAGGUAUGGCGCCAUCCCAAGCUACACUGGAUGGCUUGCCCUGACUUUCAAGGUCCCAGCCUUGGCCAAGGGCCGCUUCGCCCUGUUCUCGGCGCCCGAGAGUUUCGAGCUUCGCUGCCCAGACAUCAAGGAGGCAGGUCAGGCAUGCGAGCCCUAUCAGAUUGAGGAGCACUUUCCGGAUGAACUCCUGGCCCUGCCCAUCGCGCGGACGUUGAACUUGACCAUGGGCACCUUCAUUGCGGAGGGGCAAGAUCUAGUUUACUCCGCGAUGUUAAUCAUCGUGACGCCAGAGGCAUUGCUGACGCUGCAGCCUUGGGAACUGCGAGUCCUGGAUCAGUCCUUCACGGUGGUCGACGCGCAUUUGGAGAUUCCUUCGCUGCCCUUUUCGGAGCUCCAAGCGGAGAACCCCACGGUGAAGUGGCUGACGAUGCCGCAACGGGGUGAGGCGGCCAUGGUGGCCAUUCAGGUCAUCAUCAAUAGGCGCAUCAAGACUCUUCGGAUGCUGGUGUUUUUGAUGCCCGAGGGCUUUCGACACGACAUCCAACAUGCCAAUCAGCUUGCCAACAUCAACAAGAAUUUCCCGGUGGCAAUUGAGCGGGAGUGGCGAGACUUCUCCAACCUGCGAUCUGUGAGGAUUUUCAUCGAACCCACGACAGUGGCUUCGGGGACCUUCGAAUGGCAGUUCCCCGUGAUCGUCGCGCAAAAGGCCCCGAUCAACACUGAGUGGUAUGUUUUCUUGUGCGACGACUAUUCCUGCAGGGUCUUCAGCGAUCCAUCGGUCGUCGUUGUAUUUCCGGUGCCGGAUUUCCACGAGAAAAUCCCCGCCGUGACCUUCGAUGGCCUGAUGAUGACGGGUGGUCUUCAGAGGCGUCAUUUGGCCAAGUGGAGUCUGAUCUUGCUCUUGGGAGGUCUUAUGUGUAGCGUGUAGGUGGGUGCCAAAGUUUGCAACCCAUACAGCCCGCAGCAAUUCUGAUC